AAUGGAGAGUGCAAUUGCUAUUGUUCAAACUCCAACCGAAGAGUUUCAUAGAAGAAGCGGUUUUAAGGACAUCAAAAAUAUAAAACAAAGUGAAAAACCAGCCUUUCUUCGGUAUUGCAGGAAGCACACAUCGUCCUUACCAUCAGACUGUAAGCCAUGGAAAAUAUCGGACAUAACUUUGCUCUCCCAUGGUCGCUUUGCGAUUGUGGACACUGCAAAUACAAGGCUUAAAAUUUUUACCCCCGAUUUCGUGCACGUUACCAGUAAAAUCAUCUCUGACGAUUCACACAGUCUUACAGGUUUACAAGAAGAUAAAAUAUUCGUGAUGGACAAUACUUUGGUCAGUUACUAUCUGUUCAGUGAAGGGAGACUAAGUUUAGAGGAAAGAUUCGAAUUGACUGGAAUGCACUAUGACAUCUUAAGUGAUGGAAACGUGCUUUUUCUAAUUAAAUUAACGACUUUAGAUGUAAGAAAUGACCAGUUUGAGACUCUAAAAACUAUAGAUUUCAAACCAACAUUAGGAUACACGCCAGAUACUCUUAGGUUUGAUAAAAAUGAAAACAUUAUAUUUUUUAAUUGUGAUACCUUUUCUAUUGUAAGUUGGGAUAAAUUUCAAGCUGAAAAAUGGCGCAUAAAUGACGUAGAUUCAUGCAUAAGUAUUCACAACUAUGGACUAGGCUGGAUCCUAGUUGGUUUUGAGGACGUGAUGUUUGUUGAUUUACGAGGGCGUACUUCUGUGCAGUUUAUUGGGGAUCCUGAGAUUGAGGACUACAGAUGUUCUGUAAUAGACUGUGAAAGAAAUAAGCUAUUUUUAUCGGACAAAAGAAAUGUAUAUGAGUAUGAUCUGGAGGUGCAAAAUGUAAUGAAAUAA